AUGGCCACAUUCCCCAAGCAAGCUGAAUAUGAUGUACAGCAAAAGCUCAAGGAAAUGGACUCUGUUCCUCUCUUCAUGAAGACUCUUCCGAGCGACGGUGAAGAGGCGGGCGAGGCUCUCGAGGCUUUGCAGGCUCUCGUGCACGACGGAACUCCAGAUGGGUCUACAAAGGAAGAAAUCGCGACCAACUUCAAGACCCAAGGGAACGACUACUUUAAAGCGAAACGAUAUCGUGAAGCCCUCGGAUUCUACACGCAGGCGAUUGAUGCGAAGCCAACCGACUCUGAUCUGCUCCAAUCCUUGCUCCUCAACCGCGCAGCAUGCAAUCUCGAGCUCAGCAAAAAACUUUGGCUCGUCGACAGCAAAUCACUCAAGGCAUUAUAUCGCUCUGCCCUGGCGCUCAUCGCACUGGAAAGACCGGAAGAAGCAAUCGACUGCUGCAACCGUGCCCUGGUUGCCGACGCCCAGAAUAGUAGCAUAUUGAGUGCCCUAAGCAAGGCAAAGGCGUUGAAGGAAAGGCAAGAGGCCAAGGAGAAAGCGAAGCAGGAGGCAGCGGCCGCAGCCAAGGUUCGUGAGAUGAAAAUCCAAGCAGCUCUUCGGGCACGUAGCAUCCUCGUACUUCCAUUAGCUCCUGGACAACCGUCUCUCGAGCAUCACCCAACGCUUUCCAACGAUGAUCCACCUCGUCUGUCGGUGCCAAUGCUCUUCCUUUACCCUCAGUACUCUCAAUCGGACAUCAUCUCAUCCUUCCACGAGGAUACUAGGUUCACUGAUCAUCUCGAGGUAAUGUUCCCUCCCGAGGGUACACGCCCAGGCUGGGACCUACAAGGAGAUUACGUGCUCUCCAACCUGGUUCUCUAUGCGAGUACCAAGCGUAAACGUCUCCUCAAGAUUGGGAAGAAGACGACUCUCGCAGACCUUUGCAAUAACGCCGCUGCGAAGACUGGAGAGCCUGUAGAUGGUCUUGAAAUGGUCGAUGGGCACCUCUCCGUCGUCGUUCUACCAAAAGGAACUGUAGAGAAAGACUGGAUUGACAAAUUCAAAAUACAGCGGGGAGGUUAG